CUUGUGGGUAGGUUACCAACGUCCUUGUCCGACCAAGCGCACACCGACUGCCUUCACGCAAGGGCUUGAGGAUCUCUGUCAUUCACUUGUACUUGAGUAGAACCUGAUUUUCAGACAUGAUGGCAGCCAGAUUUCUCCGCCGUGCUCUCCCUGUGCUGAGGCAAGCUCGAUCCUACGCCGAGGCCGCCAGCUCUGGCCCGCAGAUGUCCUUCACUUUCGCCUCCCCGACACAGGUGUUUUUCAAGGAGGUCAGUGUGAAACAGGUUGAUGUGCCCACGCUUACCGGUGCAUUUGGUAUCCUCCCUGCCCACGUACCCACCCUGCAGGUGCUCAGGCCCGGUGUUGUCACAGUCUUCAGUGACGAUGGCUCCUCUACUAAAUACUUCGUGAGCAGUGGGUCAGUAACAGUCAACGCUGAUUCUUCAGUUCAACUGUUGGCUGAGGAGGCCGUUCCUCUGGACCAGCUGGACAUUGCUGCUGCCAAGGCCAACCUGGAGAAGGCCCAGUCUGAAUUGGCCAGCGCAUCUGACGAGGCAGCGAGGGCAGUGGUUCAGAUCAGCAUAGAGGCCAACGAGGCCAUCGUCAAGGCUCUGGAGUAGACCUGUGGUAAUCUUUUCUGUUUCUUCGAUGGAAUUCAAUGGUCCAUCUGUUUGUCCAGCUCAGUCACGUCAAGUGUCCAGAAGAUUCCAUGCUUGCUUUGUACAGUGGAUAAAAUUCAAAAUAAAUUUAUUUGGAAUUAC